AUGAGUAACCGCUCUAUUGCGUGGUGGCUUCGGCAGAUAGAGCUCCCACAGUACAUCAGGUGCCUUGAGGGGGAGUACUAUGGGCUGGAGGUGAGUGACUAUGUGCUGGAGUAUGACCUGGAGGUGAGUGUCUAUGACCUGGAGGUGAGGGACUUUGGGCUGGGGGUGAGGGACAAUGGCCUGGAGGUGAGUGACCAUGGCCCGGAGCCGUGUCAGCAGAAGCUUCAUGUCUCCCGGUCUUCACAGGGCUUAAUAAACGUGACGAACGAGGAGCUGAGAGCUGCAGGAGUAGAGGAGGAGGCUCACAGACAGACCAUCAUCCAGCAGCUGAAGAGACACCGGCUCAGACUGGAGCCACACUCAGGUCCAGACUCAGGUCUCUCUUAUAUCUAG